AUGGAAAUAUCCCACGUAGCCAAACCCAGAGUGGAAGGUGUAUGUCAUAGUGUGGAUGUAUCAGUUCCAAAGAUUGAGGGUGAUAUAAAAGGACCCAAAGUUGACAUUGAAGGACCAGAUGUUGACCUUGAUGCUAAAACAGGAGGAUUUAAAAUGCCUAAAUUUAAAAUUCCAUCCUUUGGAUUUAAAGGCACACACGUUGAAGGGCCAGGCGUUGAUGUUAGUCUCCCAGAGGCUGAUAUUGAUAUCAGAGCUCCAGAUGUUGACAUCAAAGGACCAGAGGUUGACCUGGAAGGUCCCAGUGGAAAGAUCAAGGGAUCAAAAUUCAAAAUUCCAAACAUCAAAGGACCACAAAUCUCUAUGCCUGAUGUGGAUGUUAAUUUGAAAGGUCCAAACUGGAAAAGCAGUGUGGAUGUAUCAGGUCCAAAGAUUAAAGGAGACAUAGGAAAACCUGACAUUGAUUUCAAAGGUCCAGGGAUUGAUAUUGAGGGACCAAAUGCUGGAUUUGACAUGCCUAAAAUCAAAAUGCCAACUUUCAAAGGUGCUAAAAUGGAGGGCCCAGAUAUUGACGUGAACCUCCCUAAAGCUGACUUUGAUGUGAACUUACCGAGUGUUGACGUCAAAGCUUCAGAGAUUGACAUCGAAGCUCCUGAUGCAAAACUCCAUGGACCAAAUAUCAAAUUACCAUCUAUUUCAAGACCCAAGCUCCCAGAGUGGGAUCUUAAACUGAAAGGGCCCAAAGUAAAGGGAGAUGUUGAUGUCUCAGUUCCAAAGAUUGAGGGUGAUAUAAAAGGACCCAAAAUUGAUAUUGAAGGACCAGAUGUUGACCUUGAUGGUAAAACAGAAGGAUUCAAAAUGCCUAAAUUCAAAAUGCCAUCCUUUGGAUUUAAAGGCUCACAUGGUGAAGGGCCAGAGGUUGAUGUUAGUCUCCCGGAGGCUGAUAUUGAUAUCAGAGCUCCAGAUAUUGAUAUCAAAGGACCAGAGGUUGACAUGGAAAGUCCCAGUGGAAAGAUCAAGGGAUCAAAAUUCAAAAUUCCAACCAUCAAAGGACCUCAAAUCUCUAUGCCUGAUGUGGAUUUAAAUUUGAAAGGUCCAAACUGGAAAGGCGGUGUGGAUGUUUCAGGUCCAAAGAUUAAAGGAGACAUAGGAAAACCUGACAUUGAUUUCAAAGGUCCAGGGAUUGAUAUUGAAGGACCAAAGGCUGGAUUUGAAAUGCCUAAAAUCAAAAUGCCAACUUUCAAAGGUGCUAAAAUGGAGGGCCCAGAUAUUGAUUUGAACCUCCCUAAGGCUGACUUUGAUGUGAACUUACCGAGUGUUGACGUCAAAGCUCCAGAGAUUGACAUCAAAGCUCCUGAUGCAAAACUCCAUGGACCAAAUAUAAAUUUACCAUCAAUUUCAGGACCCAAGCUCCCAGAGUGGGAUCUUAAACUGAAAGGGCCCAAAGUAAAGGGAGAUGUUGAUGUCUCAGUUCCAAAGAUUGAGGGUGAUAUAAAAGGACCCAAACUUGAUAUUGAAGGACCAGAUGUUGACCUUGAUGGUAAAACAGGAGGAUUUAAAAUGCCUAAAUUCAAAAUGCCAUCCUUUGGAUUUAAAGGCUCACAUGGUGAAGGGCCAGAGGUUGAUGUUAGUCUCCCGGAGGCUGAUAUUGAUAUCAGAGCUCCAGAUAUUGAUAUCAAAGGACCAGAGGUUAACCUGGAAAGUCCCAGUGGAAAGAUCAAGGGAUCAAAAUUCAAAAUUCCAAACAUCAAAGGACCUCAAAUCUCCAUGCCUGAUGUGGAUUUUAAUUUGAAAGGUCCAAACUGGAAAGGCGGUAUGGAUGUAUCAGGUCCAAAGAUUAAAGGAGACAUAGGAAAACCUGACAUUGAUUUCAAAGGUCCAGGGAUUGAUAUUGAAGGACCAAAGGCUGGCUUUGAAAUGCCUAAAAUCAAAAUGCCAACUUUCAAAGGUGCUAAAAUGGAGGGCCCAGAUAUUGAUGUGAACCUCCCUAAGGCUGACUUUGAUGUGAACUUACCGAGUGUGGACGUCAAAGCUCCAGAGAUUGACAUCAAAGGCUCUGAUGCAAAACUCCAUGGACCAAAUAUCAAAUUACCAUCAAUUUCAGGACCCAGAGUCCCAGACUGGGAUCUUAAACUGAAAGGACCCAAAGUAAAGGGUGAUGUUGAUGUCUCAGUUCCAAAGAUUAAGGGUGAUAUAAAAGGACCUAAAAUGGAUGUUAAAGGACCAGAUGUUGACCUUGAUGUUAAAAAAGGAGGAUUUAAAAUGCCUAAAUUUAAAAUGCCAACCUUUGGAUUCAAAGGCCCUCAUGUUGAAGUGCCAGAGGUUGAUGUUAGUCUUCCAGAGGCUGAAAUUGAUAUCAGAGCUCCAGAUAUUGAUAUCAAAAAACCAGAGGUUGACCUGGAAAGUCCCAGUGGUAAGAUCAAGGGACCAAAAUUCAAAAUGUCAACCAUCACAGGACCUCAUAUCUCAAUGCCUGAUGUGGAUUUCAAGUUGAAAGGUCCAAAGCUGAAAGGCAAUGUGGAUGUAUCUGUUCCAAAGAUUAAAGGAGACAUAGGAAAACCUGACAUUGAUAUCAAAGGUCCACGGAUUGAUAUUGAAGGACAAAAGACUGGAUUUGACAUGCCUAAAAUCAAAAUGCCAACUUUUAACCGUAAAGGUCCUAAAAUGGAGGGUCCGGAUAUUGAUGUAAACCUCCCCAAAGCUGACAUUGAUGUGAAUGUACCUAGUGUUGACAUUAAAGCUCCAGAGAUUGACAUCGAAGGUCCUGAUGCAAAACUCCAUGGACCAAAUAUCAAAUUACCAUCAAUUUCAGGACCCAGAGUCCCAGACUGGGAUCUUAAACUGAAGGGACCCAAAGUAAAGGGAGAUGUUGAUGUCUCAGUUCCAAAGAUUGAGGGUGAUAUAAAAGGACCCAAAAUUGAUAUUGAAGGACCAGAUGUUGACCUUGAUGGUAAAGCAGGAGGAUUUAAAAUGCCUAAAUUCAAAAUGCCAUCCUUUGGAUUUAAAGGCCCACAUGGUGAAGGGCCAGACGUUGAUGUUAGUCUCCCAGAGGCUGAUAUUGAUAUCAAAGGACCAGAAGUUGACCUGGAAAGUCCCAGUGGUAAGAUCAAGGGACCAAAAUUCAAAAUGCCAACAAUUACAGGACCUAAUAUCUCUAUGCCUGAUGUGGAUUUCAAUAUGAAAGGUCCAAACCUGAAAGGCGGUGUGGAUGUAUCAGGUCCAAAGAUUAAAGGAGACAUAGGAAAAACUGACAUUGAUUUCAAAGGUCCAGGGUUUGAUAUUGAAGGACCAAAGGCUGGAUUUGACAUGCCAAAAAUCAAAAUGCCAACUUUCAAAGUUCCUAAAAUGGAGGGCCCAGAUAUUGAUGUGAACCUCCCCAAAGCUGACAUUGAUGUAAACGUACCAAGUGUUGACAUCAAAGCUCCAGAGAUUGACAUCAAAGCUCCUGAUGCAAAACUCCAUGGACCAAAUAUCAAAUUACCAUCAAUUUCAGCGCCCAAGCUCCCAGACUGGGAUCUUAAACUGAAAGGGCCCAAAGUAAAGGGAGAUGUUGAUGUCUCAGUUCCAAAGAUUGAGGGUGAUAUAAAAGGCCCCAAACUUGAUAUUGAAGGACCAGAUGUUGACCUUGAUGGUAAAACAGGAGGAUUUAAAAUGCCUAAAUUCAAAAUGCCAUCCUUUGGAUUUAAAGGCUCACAUGGUGAAGGGCCAGAGGUUGAUGUUAGUCUCCCGGAGGCUGAUAUUGAUAUCAGAGCUCCAGAUAUUGAUAUCAAAGGACCAGAGGUUGACAUGGAAAGUCCCAGUGGAAAGAUCAAGGGAUCAAAAUUCAAAAUUCCAACCAUCAAAGGACCUCAAAUCUCUAUGCCUGAUGUGGAUUUAAAUUUGAAAGGUCCAAACUGGAAAGGCGGUGUGGAUGUUUCAGGUCCAAAGAUUAAAGGAGACAUAGGAAAACCUGACAUUGAUUUCAAAGGUCCAGGGAUUGAUAUUGAAGGACCAAAGGCUGGAUUUGAAAUGCCUAAAAUCAAAAUGCCAACUUUCAAAGGUGCUAAAAUGGAGGGCCCAGAUAUUGAUUUGAACCUCCCUAAGGCUGACUUUGAUGUGAACUUACCGAGUGUUGACGUCAAAGCUCCAGAGAUUGACAUCAAAGCUCCUGAUGCAAAACUCCAUGGACCAAAUAUCAAUUUACCAUCAAUUUCAGGACCCAAGCUCCCAGAGUGGGAUCUUAAACUGAAAGGGCCCAAAGUAAAGGGAGAUGUUGAUGUCUCAGUUCCAAAGAUUGAGGGUGAUAUAAAAGGACCCAAACUUGAUAUUGAAGGACCAGAUGUUGACCUUGAUGGUAAAACAGGAGGAUUUAAAAUGCCUAAAUUCAAAAUGCCAUCCUUUGGAUUUAAAGGCUCACAUGGUGAAGGGCCAGAGGUUGAUGUUAGUCUCCCGGAGGCUGAUAUUGAUAUCAGAGCUCCAGAUAUUGAUAUCAAAGGACCAGAGGUUGACCUGGAAAGUCCCAGUGGAAAGAUCAAGGGAUCAAAAUUCAAAAUGCCAAACAUCAAAGGACCUCAAAUCUCUAUGCCUGAUGUGGAUUUUAAUUUGAAAGGUCCAAACUGGAAAGGCGGUGUGGAUGUUUCAGGUCCAAAGAUUAAAGGAGACAUAGGAAAACCUGACAUUGAUUUCAAAGGUCCAGGGAUUGAUAUUGAAGGACCAAAUGCUGGAUUUGACAUGCCUAAAAUCAAAAUGCCAACUUUCAAAGGUUCUAAAAUGGAGGGCCCAGAUUUUGAUGUGAACCUCCCUAAAGCUGACAUUGAUGUGAACUUACCAAGUGCUGACGUCAAAGCUCCAGAGAUAGACAUCGAAGCUCCUGAUGCAAAACUCCAUGGACCAAAUAUCAAAUUACCAUCAAUUUCAGGACCCAAGCUCCCAGAGUGGGAUCUUAAACUGAAAGGACCCAAAGUAAAGGGAGAUGUUGAUGUCUCAGUUCCAAAGAUCGAGGGUGAUAUAAAAGGACCCAAAAUUGAUAUUGAAGGACCAGAUGUUGACCUUGAUGGUAAAACAGGAGGAUUUAAAAUGCCUAAAUUCAAAAUGCCAUCCUUUGGAUUUAAAGGCUCACAUGGUGAAGGGCCAGAGGUUGAUGUUAGUCUCCCGGAGGCUGAUAUUGAUAUCAGAGCUCCAGAUAUUGAUAUCAAAGGACCAGAGGUUGACCUGGACAGUCCCAGUGGUAAGAUCAAGGGACCAAAAUUCAAAAUUCCAACCAUCACAGGACCUCAUAUCUCUAUGCCUGAUGUGGAUUUCAAUUUGAAAGGUCCAAACUGGAAAGGCGGUGUGGAUGUUUCAGGUCCAAAGUUUAAAGGAGACAUAGGAAAACCUGACAUUGAUUUCAAAGGUCCAGGGAUUGAUAUUGAAGGACCAAAUGCUGGAUUUGACAUGCCUAAAAUCAAAAUGCCAACUUUCAAAGGUUCUAAAAUGGAGGGCCCAGAUUUUGAUGUGAACCUCCCUAAAGCUGACAUUGAUGUGAACUUACCAAGUGCUGACGUCAAAGCUCCAGAGAUAGACAUCCAAGCUCCUGAUGCAAAACUCCAUGGACCAAAUAUCAAAUUACCAUCAAUUUCAGGACCCAAGCUCCCAGAGUGGGAUCUUAAACUGAAAGGACCCAAAGUAAAGGGAGAUGUUGAUGUCUCAGUUCCAAAGAUUGAGGGUGAUAUAAAAGGACCCAAACUUGAUAUUGAAGGACCAGAUGUUGACCUUGAUGGUAAAACAGGAGGAUUUAAAAUGCCUAAAUUCAAAAUGCCAUCCUUUGGAUUUAAAGGCUCACAUGGUGAAGGGCCAGAGGUUGAUGUUAGUCUCCCGGAGGCUGAUAUUGAUAUCAGAGCUCCAGAUAUUGAUAUCAAAGGACCAGAGGUUGACCUGGAAAGUCCCAGUGGUAAGAUCAAGGGACCAAAAUUCAAAAUUCCAACCAUCACAGGACCUAAUAUCUCUAUGCCUGAUGUGGAUUUCAAUUUGAAAGGUCCAAACCUGAAAGGCGGUGUGGAUGUUUCAGUUCCAAAGAUUAAAGGAGACAUAGGAAAACCUGACAUUGAUUUCAAAGGUCCAGGGUUUGAUAUUGAAGGACCAAAGGCUGGAUUUGACAUGCCUAAAAUCAAAAUGCCAACUUUCAAAGGUUCCAAAAUGGAGGGCCCAGAUAUUGACGUGAACCUCCCCAGAGCUGACAUUGAUGUGAACGUACCAAGUGUUGACAUCAAAGCUCCAGCGAUUGAUAUUGAAGGCCCUGAUGCAAACCUACAAGGACCAAGGAUCAAAUUUCCAUCAAUUUCAGGACCCAAGCUUUCAGACUGGGAUACUAGUUUUAAAGGGCCCACAGUGAAGGGAGAUGUCUCAAUUCCAAAGAUUGAGUGUGAUAUAAAGGGACCCAACAUUGAUAGUGAAGGACCAGAUGUUGACAUUGAUGGUAAAACAGGAGGAUUUAAAAUGCCUAAAUUCAAAAUACCAUCCUUUGGAUUUAAAGGCUCACAUGUUGAAGGGCCAGAAAUUGAUGUUAGUCUCCCAGAGGCUGAUAUUGAUAUCAGAGCUCCAGAUAUUGAUAUCAAAGGACCAGAGGUUGACCUGGAAGGUCCCAGUGGUAAGAUCAAGGGACCAAAAUUCCAAAUACCAACCAUCACAGGACCUCAUAUCUCUAUGCCUGAUGUGGAUUUCAAAGUGAAAGGUCCAAACCUGAAAGGCGGUGUGGAUCUAUCGGUUCCAAAGAUUAAAGGAGACAUAGGGGAACCUGACAUUGAUAUCAAAGGUCCAGGGAUUGGUAUUGAAGGGACAAAGGCUGGAUUUGAAAUGCCUAAAGUCAAAGUGUCAAACCUUAAAGGUCCCAAAAUGGAGGGCUCAGAUGUUCAUGUGAACCUUCCCAAAGCUGACAUUGGUGUAAAAACACCUGGUAUUGACAUCAAAUCAAAAAAGGAUUUCAAAGCACCUGAUCUUAAUGUAAAUCUCAAAGACCCUAAGAUAAAAGGUGAGAUUGAUGCUUCAGUGCCAUCCAUCACUGUGGAAGGUGGGAAGACAGGCAUUACAUUUCCAAAAUUCAAGGGUCCUAAGUUCGGAGUCAAAUCACCAGAAAUAGAGGGUCCUGAUUCCAUGGUUAAGUCACCCAAAUUCAGUGUAGGAGCAAAAGGUACCAGAACACUCCCAGUUGCUGAAGCAAGCCUGGAUGCUCCUGAUAUUGACAUCAGUGUAAAGGGCAAAAAGGGGAAAUUCAAACUUCCUAAAGUAAAAACAAAGACAAAGAAAUCCGAUCUUGACAUAGAAAUGCCAGCAGUCAACUUGGACGUAGACACACCCAGUAUUCAUGUCAAAGGAACAAAGGUAAAGAAGCCUCUUUUUGGUAAGCUUCAUUUUCCUGAUGUUGAAUUAGAUAUUAAAUCACCAAAAUUGAAAGGUGAACAUGACAUUGAUUUGCCAUCUGGUAGCCUCAAUACAUCAUUUGCGGGUUCAGGCGUGGGUAGUCCAAAUGUUAGUUUUGGAGGGUCAAUGCCAAAUGUGAAAGGUGGUGCAGGUAUUGAUGCAAGUGUCUCAGGUAGCAGCGGAAUUGGUAGACUUCAGUACCCAGAGGGUACGGUAACAUUUCCCAAAAUCAAAGUACCCAAGUUUGGUUUUGUUUUCCCUCAAUUAGAAGGCCAAGAGUGUGGAGGAAAUGUUGAAACAGAACUCUUAGCCAGUGGAGGCAUGAACCUACAGUCUCCAUCUGUCAGUUGCCAAGCCAGUUCACAGCAUAUUGAGGAUCCCAGUUCAGAACUUAAGCAUGGUGAAAGCAAAGUAAAGGUAAAGAUGCCAAAUUUUUUUGGCAAAUCAAAAGCAAAGGGUAGUAGUGCAAGUGACAUCCGUGGGCCAGAGGUAGAAUUCAGUAAUAGUGGAAAAGGCAAAAAUGUCUCCAAGGACGUAAAUGUAUUCACUGGCGAGGUGAUGGUUGGAAAAUUGGAAGUAGAAGGUGAUCCGAGAUUUGAUGUAUCAACUAAAGGAAAGUCAGCUUCACUCGAUCUGUUCAAGAAAUCCAGACAUCGGUCUUCUCUGAGUGACGAAGAGGGUCUUGCAGUCAGUUCUCCUUCAGUUCACUUGGCAGAGGGUGGUGACAUUUCAUUAGACCUUGGAGGAAGCAAGGUCAAAGGAAAGAAAAGCAAGUUGAAGUUUGGCACGUUUGGAGGUUUUGGUUCAAAGUCAAAGGGCUCAUAUGAAGUGGCACUUGGUGAGGACAGUGAAGCAGGAGCAGAGGGAAGUGCAAGUCUCUCACUACCCUCUAAGAAGUCAAGAUUGUCUUCAUCAUCCAGCAGUGACAGUGGUUCAAGAGGUGCUGUUAGGUUCCCAAGAGUUGAACUAUCUGUCUCACCAAAAAAAUGAUUCUUAAUCUUAUAUACACUUAAACACAUUUCCCUGAUAUGGUAAACCCUUAAAUAUUAACAAGACUUACAAAGUCAUCUUAACACAGUUAACCGUGAGUGCAUGAGGCUGUUUUCAAUCCCUUGAAACUGUAAAUAAGAUUAAUUUGUAUUGUAAUAAUAAAUAUUGCUUUUGUACAUAGUCCAAAUCUAUUGAAUCAUGCCAUCUCACAAAUUAUUCACCAAUAGUUUAUUACAAGGCUUGUCAUUUUGUCCUUUUUCAUUUUAUUAAAUCCUUGUUAAAGAAUGGGUGUGGUAUAUUUUUAUCCGGGGGCCUAUUGCACAGAACAGAUAGUUACGACAGUUAUUUUGAAGGAAAAUCUUGUUUAUACACAACACAUUAAACAAGUACCACUUGUAUGUAUGAAAUUAUGCAAUUUUCAAGCUUUGAUAUUUUAUAGUCAGUGCAGAAGUAUAUAUAUAUAUAUAUAUAUAUAUAUAUAUAUAUAUAUAUAUAUAUAUAUAUAUAUAUAUAUACACACAAUGAGGGAUGGUGUUGUAUAUAUCAUAAUUACAAAAUAAUCACUGUUUAGAAACUAUCAACUUUCUAAAACACUGCCUGUAGUUUACUUUUCAUUGUUAAGAAAAUGUAUUCAGCCUUACAUUGCUGUUUACCAAAAUAUUGAUUUGCUUAUUUUGCUUGAAACAUCUUUUGCUUCCCAAUAGUUUAAUUUUCAGUCCUGUUUUACAAUCCUCUGUAUUUUAUUUCCUUUGUCACACUGUAAAAACUUGUUAUGGUUAUGUUAAUGUCUCACAUAAACUGUCACAUCUUAAUGUUUUUUUUUUUUUCAAACCAAAUCUGCAUUUAUAGAGAGUUGCAUAGUUUUGAUCAGAUAUGAUGUAGAUGGAACACUAUUUGGGUCUAUUCCUUUGUGUGCAUUCUGCAAAAUAAACAAAAUAAAAAAGAUUUAUAGAAUUUA